UGUACGCUGUUUUUAUGUGUGACUAUUUUUAGAUGUGUGGGAUCAAUUUUCUGUUCACUUAGGAUGGGAAAGCUCAUUGAAAAUAAAGAGAUGUAAAUCCUUCUACUAUUUGAUAUUUUCAUUUAAAGCCUUAUAAAGACCUGUUUAAACGUCAACAUGUUCAUUUCUGUAUUAUGCAACAACCCUUUUGAUUUGGCCACAGUAAAUCUUGAGAAAAAUUAUUCUGCUUCAUCAGAACAUUUAAAAUUCUAAUCACAUGUUAAAUUAUGUCUUAGAUGAGAAAGAAGAGGGUAUUCUGGGAAGCAUACUCUUACCAAGUUUUCAGAUAGCCAUGCUUACCUCUGAGGAUCACAUUAAUCGCAAAUAUGCUUUUAAGGCAGCCCACCCAAACAUGCGGACCUAUUAUUUCUGCACUGAUACAGGAAAGGAAAUGGAGUUGUGGAUGAAAGCCAUGUUAGAUGCUGCCUUGGUACAGACAGAACCUGUGAAAAGAGUAGACAAGAUUACAUCUGAAAACGCACCAAGUAAAGAAACCAAUAACAUUCCCAACCAUAGAGUGCUGAUUAAACCAGAGAUCCAAAACAAUCAGAAAAAUAAGGAAAUAAGCAAAAUUGAAGAAAAAAAGGCCUUAGAAGCUGAAAAAUACGGAUUUCAGAAGGAUGGUCAAGAUAGACCUUUAACAAAAAUUAAUAGUGUGAAGUUGAAUUCUCUGCCAUCGGAACAUGAUAGUGGGUCAGCAUGCCCAGCUCAGACUGCACACUACAGACCAAUCAAUGUGAAUAGUUUAGAGAACAAAACAGUCAAUGUUAGCCUUGCAGAUUUUAGAGGUGGAAAUCACCCAAGUACAGUGCCCUUACACACAGAGACUGAUCGAGUCAUACAGAGAACGAAUUCAAUGCAGCAGUUGGAACAGUGGAUUAAAAUCCAGAAGGGGAGAGGUCAUGAAGAAGAAACCAGGGGAAUAAUUUCUUACCAAACACUACCAAGAAAUAUGCCGAGCCACAGAGCACAGAUUGUGGCCCGCUACCCCGAAGGUUAUAGAACUCUCCCACGAAACAGCAAGACCAGGCCUGAAAGCAUCUGCAGCAUAACCCCUUCCGCUCAUGAGAAGAUCGUGGGCCCCGGAGCAGAAGAGAAGCGGAGGUCGAUGAGGGAUGACACGAUGUGGCAGCUCUACGAAUGGCAGCAGCGACAGUUCUACAAUAAGCAGAGCACCCUUCCUCGACACAGCAGUCUGAGCAGCCCUAAAACCAUGGUCAAUAUUUCUGACCAGACAAUGCACUCUAUUCCCACAUCACCUUCCCAUGGGUCCAUAGCUGCUUAUCAAGGAUAUUCUCCUCAACGUACGUAUCGAUCAGAAGUGUCCUCGCCAAUCCAGAGAGGAGAUGUUACCAUAGACCGCAGGCACAGGGCCCAUCACCCUAAGCAUGUCUACGUGCCUGAGAGAAGGUCGAUGCCAGCUGGCCUGACUUUACAGUCUGUAAGUCCCCAGAGCCUCCAAGGCAAAACGCUGUCACAAGAUGAAUGUAGAGGCACAUUGUACAAAUACAGACCGGAAGAAGCAGAUACUGAUGCCAAGUUAAGCCGAUUAUGUGAACAAGACAAAGUGGUACAUGCUCUGGAAGAGAAACUUCAGCAGCUCCACAAGGAGAAAUACACGCUUGAACAAGCUUUGCUGUCAGCCAGCCAGGAGAUAGAAAUGAACGCAGAUAACCCAGCAGCCAUUCAGACGGUGGUGUUACAGAGGGACGACUUACAGAAUGGACUGCUUAGCACGUGUCGAGAGCUCUCUCGAGCCACUGCUGAAUUGGAACGAGCGUGGAGAGAAUAUGAUAAGUUAGAAUAUGAUGUAGCUGUUACCAGGAACCAGAUGCAAGAGCAGCUAGAUCGCCUUGGUGAAGUUCAGACUGAAUCAGCAGGAAUUCAGCGUGCACAGAUUCAGAAAGAACUUUGGAGAAUUCAAGAUGUCAUGGAAGGGCUGAGUAAACAUAAACAGCAAAGAGGUACUGCAGAAAUAGGUACAGCAGGAUUAAAGCCUUUCUCAACAGUUAAGUACAAAAAUGAGGGUCCAGAUUACAGACUCUACAAGAGUGAGCCAGAGUUAACAACAGUGGCGGAAGUUGAUGAAUCUAAUGGAGAAGAAAAGUCAGAACCUGUUUCAGACAUAGAAACCUCAGUUGUUAAAGGUUCUCACUUUCCUGUUGGAGUAGUCCCACCAAGAACAAAAUCACCAACACCUGAAUCAUCAACAAUAGCUUCAUAUGUUACCUUAAGGAAAACUAAGAAGAUGAUGGAUCUAAGAACG